UUUCACUUUCAUUUCUGUUGAAGUGAAGUCAUCCCCAGCUGCAGCAGUAGUUUAGUUUCUGUCGGAGCGAUCGGUGAAACGCUCCCCAUCAUACAUUUGAUUUCAGAUAAUUCAGGUUUCUGAAGAAGAGUGAAGGGUCUGUCCUGCAGACUGAACUCAUCAUCAUCAUCAUCAUGAGUGACAGCAGCAGCAGCAGCAGCAGCAGCAGCAGCAGCAGCAGCAGCAGCAGCAGCAGCGCCCUGUUCUCCAUGCUCCAGCAGCUGCAGAGUCAUUUUACCUGGGAUUUGAAGAAGGAAGACAUGGAACUUGAAAACCUGAGCACUCGACUGGAAGAGCACAUCGCUCUUCAGUUGGGUCGUCCCGGUGCUGUGGCUCUCUCCUGCAACCUUCUUUCUUACGUCAGAUACCUUCAGAACCAGCCAGAAGAGGCCCUGAAGCUCCUUCUCAAAUCAGAGCAGACGACCAAGGAGGUCUACGGAGAGGACAGUGGAAGGCGGCUUAUCGUGACCUAUGGAGAUCUGGCCUGGAUGUAUUACCACACCGGGAGAUUCACAAAGUCCCAGAAAUACUGCCAAAGAGCUCAGGACAUCCUGAUAAAAUAUCCCACCAGCUCCUCCGAGGUUCUCCAUCCAGAGGUGUAUGGGGAGAAAGCCUGGACCUACCUCAAGUUAUCUAAGCCUUACUAUCCCGAAGCCAUUAAGUGCUUCCAAAUGGCCCUGGAGGUCCAGAAAGAUGACAGUGAGUGGAACGCCGGUUAUGCCAUUGCCCUCUUCCGGACAGAAACGUAUACUCCAGAAGCAUCUGAGAAAGCCACGGACUCUGCUGCCGUCACACAGCUUCGGCGAGCCCUGGAGAUCAGCCCUGAUGACGGGGUUCUGCUGUCUAUGCUGGCUGUGAAGUUGGGUAUCGAGAAAAAAUAUGAAGAGGCUGAAAGUCUUGUGGAGAAGGCACUGAAAGCUGCCCCAGAUAACCCUCAUGCAACGCGCUACAUCAGCAAAUACCUCCGUUACCAGGGAAAUAUUGUAAAGUCAAUUGAGCUGCUGGAGCGAGCGCUGCAGAGGAGCAACACAUCAGCAUUCAUCUACCAUCAGCUGGGCCUGUGCUACAAAAGGAAGAAGAUUGAUGAGCAGAGAUCGCAGCAUUACGAUAAGCAAAAGGUGCAGCAGUUACGACGUCGGUGCAUUCUUAACCUGGAAAAGGCAGUGAAGAUCAAACCUUCCUUUGUGAUUGCACGGGUAGACCUGGCGCUAAUGUAUGGAGAGGAGAAAGACCUCAGCAGGGCUGAGGAAAUGUUCCAGCAUUGCUUCAACAAGCCAUCAGACAAACGCGAUCGUCUGCCUGUUCACGAUCGUCAGCUUAUUCACCAGCGAUACGCUGACUUUCAUCUCUAUCACACCGGGAAGCAGGAUGAAGCAAUUACUCACUACACAGAGGCUCUACAACUGGUACCAAAAACAUGGGAAUGGAAGCAUUGUGUGAAGAAGCUGAAGAAGAUUGCAGAUGAUCGUCUUUCUGAAAACAAGGAUGACAGCCUGGCUUAUUCUGUUUUGGCUCAAGUGGCCAAAGCUGAAGGAGACAAGAAGAAAGCUGCAGAGCUUUAUGAAAAAGCUCUGGACUGUGAUGAAAACAACAGCCAGUACCUGUAUGCUCUGUGGGAACUGCGAAUGGAGCUGCACUGAUUUAUCACCACUUAUUUAAAAUAAUUAUUUUAUUGGAUAUGAAAUUAGCAUGUUGAAUUGAGAUAUGUCAUGUGACUCUAAGUAAACUGUUUUUU